GCCCCUUCUCCCAGGCAUCCUGCGAAUUUGUGCUCGCGCUCUUCCUCAUCCCUCUUCGGAAGAUGGCCGUUGGAAGCAACAUGGGCUUCAGCGCGAGUUUUGUCUGCUGUGUUAGCCUUAUACUCAUUUCCUUGAGCGCUGUGAUCAGUGACGGUAAUGAUAAGAAUGAAUCUUCCAAUAAGAAUAUUACAGGCACACCAUCAUUAGUAAAUACAACUUUGACAGAAGUUCAAGAAACAAAUUCUUCAAUAUUAACUGAGAAGAGUGGUUCCACAACAGUGACGUCUUCUAUAUUACCUUCUACUACAGCCACAACUGCUGCUACUACUACUACUACUACCACCACCGCCAAAACCACAUCUCUGAAAACCACUUCCACCACUGCGUCCCAAGAUAUUAUUGAUGCAGAUUUCGUACAUGAAAACUUAAUACCUACAAAUGUAGAUGAUGCAGAGCAGACCCCUUCCACAACUUUAAUAGACAGUGAUGGGUAUGACUACUUACAACAGGAUUUUGAUGGAGAAAAUAUAAAUGUUUUACCUGAAACUGAUGUUAACAGUGACUUCAGUGAAACUAUGGAUGGAGAAGAUUUAGUAACUGCCAACAAGGAUGACAGAAUUGAAGAUGCCCCAGAUCAUUUUAAAAGCAGCUCUUUCAAUGGCCCGGAAGAUGAAGAUACACACUUCUUUUUCCAUCUUGUCAUCAUUGGAUUUUUGGUUGCUAUUAUAUAUAUUACCUAUCAUAAUAAGAGAAAGAUUUUACUUUUGGCUCAAAGCAGACGAUGGAGAGAAGGUCUCUGUUCCAGAACAGUGGAGUAUCAUAAACUUGACCAAAAUGUUCAUGAAGCAAUGCCAUCACUCAAAAUGACCAACGAUUAUAUUUUUUGAAUCUGAAAUCAUUAGGACUCUUUUUUUAACAUAUUAAUUUAAGUCUCCUUACUAGUAAGUAAUACUGUAUAAACUGUGAUGUUAAAAUAUUGUUUUUUCAUUUAUUUGAAACAGGGCUCUUCCUCUCCCUCUUUCACUUUUUUUGUUGAGGUUUUCAUCCUUUUUUUGGGGGGUUGAUUUAAUGGAGGUAUACCUUGUGCAUUAAAAUAAAUGCCUAAAAAAUAUAUCCAUAAAUGAUGAAGAACUGAACCAUGGAGUCUCCGGUGGCUUAGCUAGUGCCUCAUAUUGUCAUACAAGGGGAACCUUGGGAAAUAAGCUGCUAACUUGCAAUAUAUUAUUUCUAUUUUUUAAACAAUGUUACAUUUUAGUUCUGACCCUUGCAGUCCUCAGUGUAGAAUAGAAUUGCUUAUUUUAAGAACAUAUCCUUCAAGAUAAUCAUUUGUAGUAAAAUUAUUGGAUAAUCAUUGUAUUGUACAUCUGAUAUUAGACAAACAAACUUAAGGGAAUUGUGUGCUAUAUUAUAUAAUAUAUAUAUAUAUAUAUAUAUAUAUAUAUAUAUAUAUAUAUAUAUAUAUAAUAUGUGUGUGUGUGUGUAUAAAUUGUGUAGUUUUAUAAAACAGCAGAAAACCAAGAUGGUUUGUGGCCAUAUCAGGAAAUGUUUGAAGUGAACAAUCUUUAUUUUUUGUAAGCCUUACUAAAUUGUUAAAAAAAAGAUAAAUUAAAGAUAUGCAUUGACAUUUUCUGCACUUUUUAAAAAUAUCUUUGUUGCUUUUGUUUAAAUAUUGAAGCUGUUAAAUCAAAAUGUAAAUAAUUCAAAUGUAAACCCUGUCACAGAGCAAUGGAGAUGAGUACCUUUGAUUUUGUAAAUACUCUUUUCCUUUUUCCUUCACAGCAUUCUCUCUGUAAGAUACUGAAAUGAUAUAUAAUGUGAGAUGAUACACUUUCCAAUCGUGUUUUCAAAAAUAGCACAAAUGGACUAAAUGGGUAUUCAUUUGUUGUUGUAUAAUCAUGGUUUCUCUUCAAUAAAUGUUAUUAGAUGAAAA